AUGGGGAAGCACGAAAAACUACGUUCGGGAGAAAAGGAGAUCAUAUUAAGUAUGAUUGACGGACAAUCCCUAGACGAGAGGCUCUCAACACAGAGAGAUCAGUAUCCUCGGUUCAAUGAGUUGCAUAAAAAUCGCUAUGGUGUAAGGUCUAACCGCUCAAGAGCUUCGUUCAGAUAUCACUACGACGCAGUGAUCAAAGAGCUAAGAGGAAGACCACAGUUUGAUAGAAUCAGGGAGGAGCAAGUUGUCCGCCAGGGGCCAGAUAAUUGGCAGGAUGGAGGGCUUAUUGACAUAUGGUCUGAAGAGACGGAUGCCUCCCUCAACAAUGCCUCUUCUCAAAGCAAUCCUACACCUGAUGAGAGUCACCAAGGGGGAGACACCAGCGACGAACUUUCUAAUAAUGAUGCUCUGGUAGAAAGAGAAGACAUAUCGGUCCCUCCUGUAGAUCAACCUGGCCAGGAGCCAUCAUCUACAGGAUUUUCAGGCAUCGUCGCUCCGAAUCAAGCUGGAAUCUUUCAAGAAAACAUGCCGUUCGCAACCGGUCUUCCUAGCGUGCCUGGGCCUAUCCAUACGCAAACUGCGGAGUGGUAUACGGACCGGCCGAUGUAUAACGUCCCGCAAGGCUCGAGUACAGUAUAUAACAAGACAAUGCAGAACUCCCAGCUGCAACUAGUCACGGACACCCAAGUGCUAUGGGUUCCAAUCGUUCGGUCAACUACGUACAAUGUCCCAACAGCUGCUACAGCCGAUCCAAUUGACUACCCGCAAGAGAGGAUCUCGGCAACAUUUCCCACCUCGUCGCCUUAUCCUGCUCUCUCAGUUCCCGUAGCCAAUACCAUGGCUGCUCAACACGCAGUUGAAAGCCCCUUCACCGUCAAUUAUUAUCCGCAUGAUAAUCCUUUUGGGUUCAUGCCCCCAAUACCACGGCCGUUCUACACUUUUCAAGCCGCUGCGGCAAAUGCGAUGGAUUCAAUGACCGAUAGAGUAUUCAAUUUUGGGUCACCCACAGUGGGUGGAAAGAGAAAUUGGGUCUCGCAUUCCGAUACACCACAAGCGAUACAAACUCAACUGCCCGAGUCCUCACUUGGGAAUGUCAGCUGUGAAGAUAUGAUAGGGUGGGUUCAGACUCUUUGA